AAAGAGAGCGAAAGAGAGACUGCACCAACGAAAAUCGCUACAUAAGUCUCUUUAAGACAUUUUUCUGAACUACUUUUUCUACCUUCUGUUUUAUGUGUAUUAAGGCUUAGAUGCCAGUACAUGAAGACAUGAUAAUGCCCUCCCCAUGCAGACACUCUCCCUCGAACCAACAACUGAGCCUUGAACUUGUUCUUUCGAAUCAAACCACCCAUCCUUAUUCAUUGCAAGAUUUCGCAGAGUACUUACGGCAAUCCUAUUGCUUUGAAAACUUGGCAUUCUGGUCAUCCGUCGUUCGCUACCGACAGUGCGCUAUCGUUUUCUUCACCGUCGACCCUGAUGCACAGCAAUGUGCACUAGAGGCCACUAGUCCUACAGAUUGUUCGAUUUCCUUAGACUCCUUGAACUCGCCUGUACUACUUUCGUCGGGAGUGCACUUUCGAUAUACUGUAGCUGAAGAGCACUUUUUAUCAGCUGAAGAAUCCAUACGCUGUGAACUCCUCAAACAAAAAUUCUCGUAUAUUAUAGAUACCUAUCUUUCACCCAAUUCUCCACAAGAAAUUAACAUACACUGUGAAAUGCGCCAAACGAUACUGGACCAAUGGCAGACGCAUGGCUGUUAUCACCCAGCUGUUUUCGAUAGCGCCAGAAAUUCUAUUUUGGAAUUGAUGCGAGUUAACUCUUUCAUACCUUGGGUCUCUCAAAUCAAGCAAUCAUUGCCACAACAUCCAUUGGAUGCUUCUCCGACAAGGUCCUCAACCCUAUUUUUACUGCGCAAAUCCAUUAGAAGCAGCAACUCGUCUAUUGGCUCAGAGGAAGAGGAUGAUAUGGAUGAUGAUGGUUCAACCGACCGGCCGCACCAUUAUUCCACAAGCGCCUUUUUCAAGCGCUUCACAGCAACACCAUGGAAAACAAAAGACCAUAAAGAUAGCUCCUCUGUUGAGACCCAAGAUACGGAAAAACCCUCAAAAGGCUCCCCACAUUUGUACAACGCUUUCUUGCCUCGCCGACCGGUGUCAUCUCCUGCCAUUAGUAAAUCGUCUUCGUCUUCGACCGAAAAUGUGAAUGUGUCUGAAUCCAAAUCAUGGACUUGGAGGAAAGGCAGUACAAAGGGUUAACAAAAAAAAAAAUAAGGACUAAAUAUAUGUUAGUCAAAGAAAAAGUUAUAUUCACCCAUUCUAGAUUUUUCCCUCAUCACCUCUGUAUACCCACCCCAAUCCCCCUCUACCCAUCCUUGUAAUAUUUCCAUAGAGCCUAUGUAACAAUUCCACAUCACAGUGUAAUAAAAGUGUCCACCAAUAUUACCCAAGUAUUUCGCGCAGGCUAACAAA